AUGGAUUCUGCAGAGGACGGAGCUUUCCACCUUCUAAAUCAGCACUGCAACGGCUUCAUGGUCUCCCAGGUCCUCUUCGCUGCCUGUGAGUUGGGUGUGUUCGACAUCCUCGCCGAGGCCCCGGAGCCCCUGGGCUCGGCCGUGGUGGCCACACGCCUGGGCACCAGCCACCGUGGGACGGAGCUUCUCUUAGACGCCUGUGUCUCCCUGGAACUGCUGACCCUGGACACCAGGGGAGGGGGAGCUCGCUAUGGGAACACAGAGCUCUCCAGAACCUUCCUCACCAGGACCAGCCCCAAGUCCCAGCUGAACAUGCUCUUCUAUCUGGCCACCACCACCUACCAGUGUUGGGCUCACCUGGCCAACGCCGUGAGGGAAGGGAAAAACCAGUACACGAAGGCGUUCGGCGUCCAUUCCGAAGGGCUCUUCUCAGCCAUCUACAGGUCUGAGACGGAAUGUCAGCAGUUCAUGCUGGGCCUGCAGGAGGUCUGGAGCGUCCACGGGGGAGCUGUGAUGGCCGCCUUUGACCUAUCAACCUUCCCUGUCAUCUGCGACCUCGGAGGUGAACGGGGUGGUGUGGACGGUGUACAGAUGCCCACACGCCUGGUCCCUGUCACCUGCUCUGCACAUCCAGGUGGUUCAGGCGCUCUGGCCCGAGCGUGCGCAUCGCUGUACCCGCAAUGCAGUCUGUUGGUGUUCGACAUGCCCGAGGUGGUGAACACCGUGAACACGCAAUUCUCGCUUCCAGAGCAACAAGGGCUCAUCAGCUUCCUAGAAGGAGAUUUCUUUAAAGACCCCCUUCCUGAGGCCGAUCUGUACAUUCUGGCGAGAGUUUUGCAUGACUGGACGGAUGAGAAGUGCUCACAUCUGCUGGCGCGGAUCCACCAUACCUGUAAGCCAGGAGGAGGCAUCCUGGUGGUGGAAAGCCUGUUGGACGAGGACAGGCGUGGGCCCCUGACCACCCAGCUUUACUCUCUGAACAUGCUGGUGCAGACGGAAGGCCGCGAGAGGACCGCAGCCGAGUACUACGCUCUUGUUUCCUUGGCCGGCUUUCAGGACUUCCAGCUCAAGAAAACGGGUCAAAUUUACGAUGUUAUUUUAGCCAGAAAAUGA